AAUGAAUUAAUGUGGUAUAUUCAUAUCACACUAUAUGAACAGUAAGAAUUAGUGGUCUUAUUGAGACUAAAACUCAUAGGUAAUCAAAUCGAUUUAUAUAUAUACAAUGACAACGGAUGAAGUGAAGUUGUAUGCUGAUCCACUAAGUGUAUUCGCUUGUAGAGUGAAAAUUGCUUUGAAUAUCAAAAAUAUCAACUACGUAAUUGUUGAAGAAGAUAUCAACAACAAGAGUCCCGAUCUUUUGAAGUACAAUCCCGUUCAUAAGAAGGUGCCCGUCUUGGUACAUAAUGGAAACCCAAUUUCGGAGUCUCUUGUGAUCAUUGAGUACAUUGAAGACCUCUGGAAAGGCAUCCCGAUUUUGCCUCAAGAUCCCUAUGAGAAGGCUGUUGCACGAUUUUGGGCCAAGUUCAUUGACGAUAAGGUUAUACCUGCGUUAUUCACUGUUUUUAUAAGCAAUGGAGAUGAACAAGCUAUUGCGGAAGCUUGGGAGCAACUAAGAAUACUAGAAAAUGAGCUCAAAGGCAAGAAAUUUUUCGGAGGUGACAAUAUCAACCUGAUUGAUAUUACUGCUGAUCUCUUGGCUUAUUGGCUUGGAGCAGCUGAAGAAGCUACUGGAAUUAAGAUUGUGACAAAAGAAAUGUUUCCAAAACUAACCGAAUGGGCUGACAACUUCAUCCAUUGUGAAACUGUCAAGGAUAUCUUACCUCCUAGAGCACACUUGAUUGCACUUUUCAAGAACUGGUUUGGUAAGGCAUAGUCCUAUUUGACUCGGGUGUUAAGUUAUAAAAUGAUUGAUAUCUAGUCGAUCGCUUUAUUUUGCAUAUAUUAAUAGGCAAGGCUUAAUUUGUGCUUAUUGAAGUAAUUUGAAGUGUCUUGGUUUAUGUUGCAAGUAUUGACUUUUAUUGGAUGCUUUUUUAAGUUUUCCA